AUGCACGUGAUGGACAGGGUUGUAAUGAAGAGGCAAGCUCGAAAAGAAGAACCCGGUCAUCGUCGCGACCAUACAGCUGAAUCUAGGCGGGAAAAUCGGCCUCCAUCCAUAGAACAAUACGUUGGUCACGAUGAUUUGCGACCCAUGGUUGGACUAGAUGAUAUGUUUCGACUCUCGGGGUUUUCUAUCGAGGUAAAUACUCAACGUAAGAUAUUACUGCACCAAUUUUUAAACUAUACAUCAAAAUCGCUCUGUACUGUUACAGCCGAAACCGGUUGGCUUAAAUAUGCAAUCGAAGACAGCGCACUUUUUAACAGCACGCUAUAUCACUGGGCUUUCCUAAAUUACGACUUUCUCCCAGCGAGUUUCCAGUCUCAGCAAAGUCUAAUUGCAUUAAAGGCAGCCGCAAUACGUACGCUUGCAUCGCAGUUUCAGCGAGCCACUCCAGAUAUGGGGAGCGAUCCGGCAACAUUUAGUGAUGCAACAAUAGCUACCGUAGCAUGCUUAGCCAAUGCCAAUUUCCUCUGUGGCGAUGUCGAAGAAGCCAAGGUUCAUUUUCAAGGCCUGAGAGGCAUGGUUCGGAGUCGUAAAGGUGUAUUGAACCUGGGAUUCCAGGGAUUAGCCUCUCGAAUCGUUAGAUGGACGGACAGCUGCCACGCACAACUAUCAAAUAUGGCACUAUCUUUUGACGAGGAGAGUUCAUCUUCUGAGGCUACUCACCCCCCCUCUACGUUGCCGCAUUCGCAAGGUCUUGAUGAUCAGCCCUCAAGGUGGGUCAUGAUGGACGAAAUACGUUCAAUGUCGAAAGAGCUCGUCACGACUCCUAAACAUCUUAUGGCUCCGGAUCGUCGGGCUGCUCUUGGAUUCCGCCUCCUAGCUUCGGACCGUUCGAUACUGAAACAAAUUCAUGGAAAAAAUAAUUCCAGUCUUUUGGCUUUAUUGGCCAGAGGCGCAUUACUCUUGUCUCAUGUCAUUUUGAGGGGCUCACCUCGUUCAUCUCGCAUCACAAGAACCUUGGUUGGCCAAUUGAAAGAAGCCCUCAUUUCCGUAUAUACUUCCGAAGGCGACAUAUUUUCCGAUCAUCCAAUAACAUUGAUCUGGUUGCUUCUAGUUGGUAUGCUUGCUUCAGGAGGAGACAACUUUCAAGAUGCAUGGUUCAGGUUAUGCUUAGAGAAGGCUUGUGGAAGCGACGCCGGGCUUUCAUGGGAAAACGUCCAAGCAUUAACUGAAACUCCAAACACCAUAUCUCCACAGCCAUUUUGUUGGAUGCUUGAAGACCUUGCUUUGGACUUGUCUUGUAUACACACUUCAAUCUUAUGUUGA